UCGUGUAACCUGCCGCUAACGGAAAGCCGGUUGAUGCAUGCGGUGAUGUGCGGCGUUGCUUUUUCGUGGUGGUCAAAUUCGGUCUACUCGCCGAUGCCGUCGCGUUGUGUCUCCUGAGAGAGGAAGGGUAGCCGAUAAAGGGAGUCGCUUUUCCUAAUCGCCGACAUGGAGCUCACCGACGACAAUUUGCUAACGUUGAGCGAGUACCUGAAGCACACCCUCAGCCCCGACGUGAAUGUCAGACGUCCAGCCGAGAAGUUUCUGGAGUCGGUGGAGGUCAAUCAGAACUACCCCUUACUGCUACUUCACCUAGUGGACAAGUCUGAGAUUAAUAUCACGAUUAGGGUGGCUGGCGCGGUUGCGUUUAAGAAUUAUGUCAAGCGUAAUUGGAAAGUGGAGGAGGAUAUGAGGGAUCAUAUACAUGCCCAGGACCGGGACGCCGUCAAGAAGCUGAUCGUCGAUCUGAUGUUACAUUCGCCAGAUUCGGUACAAAAGCAGCUGUCGGACGCGGUGUCUAUCAUCGGGAAGUACGACUUUCCGAACAAGUGGCCGGAAUUGAUUGAUCAGAUGGUGGAGAAGUUCAAUACCGGCGAUUUUCAUGUGAUCAACGGUGUCCUGCACACCGCGCAUUCCCUGUUCAAGAGAUAUAGAUACGAAUUUAAAAGCGAGAGCCUAUGGACGGAAAUAAAAUUUGUAUUAGACAAGUUUGCGAAGCCUUUAACAGAUCUGUUCUUAGCUACAAUGAAUUUAACACAAGUACAUGCUAAUAAUAUGGAAGCCUUGAAGGUUAUAUAUAAUUCGUUAGUUAUUUUAUGUAAAGUUUUCUAUUCCCUUAACUUCCAAGAUCUGCCAGAAUUUUUCGAAGACAAUAUGGAGGCAUGGAUGAGGAACUUCCAUACUUUAUUAAACGUUGACGUUCCCUCCUUGCAGACCACGGACGAAGAAGAAGCCGGUGUAAUAGAGCAGUUGAAGUCACAAGUGUGUGACAAUGUUGGCCUAUACGCUCAGAAGUACGACGAGGAAUUCCAGCCUUACUUACCCCUGUUUGUCACAGCGGUUUGGAAUUUACUCACAUCCACGGGCCAAAAUCCCAAAUACGAUGCUCUAGUGUCGAAUGCGUUGCAAUUUUUGGCCACGGUAGCCGACCGGGCGCAAUAUAGACAUUUGUUCGAAGAUCCGGCGACUCUUAGCAGUAUCUGUGAAAAAGUCAUUAUUCCUAACAUGGAAUUUAGAGAAUCGGACAAUGAAUUAUUCGUGGACAAUCCCGAGGAAUACAUCAGACGUGAUAUCGAAGGCAGUGACGUGGACACCAGGAGGCGCGCUGCGUGCGAUUUAGUCAAAGUACUGUCUAAGUACUUCGAAGCGAAGAUUAUGGACAUCUUUGGAGCGUAUAUACAGGUGAUGUUGCAAAAAUAUGCCGAAGAUCCGUCGAAACAUUGGCGCAAUAAGGACGCCGCUAUUUAUCUUGUUACUAGUAGUGCGAGCAAAGGACAAACGCAAAAACACGGGGUUACUCAGAGCAGCGAGCUUGUCUCUAUACCGCAAUUUGCUGCGCAACAUAUCGAACCUGAGCUGACAAAACCAGACGUAAAUGAGUUUCCAGUACUUAAGGCGGAUGGAAUCAAAUUCGUAAUGACAUUUAGAUCGAUAUUACCUCAUGAGAUGGUAAUAGGAAGUUUGCCGCAAUUAAUAAGACAUCUAAGCGCCAGCAGUAUCGUCGUGCACACUUAUGCCGCUUGCGCGAUUGAAAAGAUAUUCGCAAUGAGAGGUGCCGAUAAUCUGCCCUUAGUCAAAGGGGUCGAUAUAUCGCCGUUAGCAGCAGAUCUAUUGAAAGGACUUUUCGCGUGUAUGAGCAUUUCGGGUUCCGAGGAGAACGAUUACGUUAUGAAGGCUGUCAUGAGGAGUUUCGGUAUCUUGCAAGAAGCGGUGGUGCCAUUCCUAGCCGAUUUGCUCCCGAAGCUCACCGAGAAACUCGCGAUCGUAUCUCGGAAUCCAAGCCGGCCAAACUUCAAUCAUUAUCUCUUCGAAACUUUAAGUUUAUCCAUCAAAAUUGUCUGCAAGACAAACCCUGAGGCAACGUCAUCCUUUGAACAGGCGUUGUUUCCCAUUUUUCAAGGAAUUUUGCAGCAGGACAUACCAGAGUUUAUUCCUUACGUCUUCCAAAUUCUUGCAUUGCUUUUGGAGCUACGACUCACUCAAGAUGUACCGGAACCGUAUAUGGCUCUGUUCCCGUGCCUAUUGUCACCUGUGCUAUUUGAACGUCAAGCCAACAUCCAUCCUUUAAUUCGUCUGUUGCAAGCGUUCAUUAGUCACGGCUCGCAUCAGAUCGUGACGCAGGAUAAGACGAGCGCGCUAUUGGGGGUGUUCCAGAAGCUAAUUGCGUCGAAAGCGAAUGAUCACGAAGGAUUUUUACUGAUACAAAGCAUUAUUGAACACUUUGAACCGAACAUUUUGGAACCGUUUAUGAGACAAAUCUUCGUGCUUUUCUUUCAAAGGCUGUCGACGUCGAAGACAACGAAAUUCGUGAAAGGUCUAAUAGUAUUUUUUUCAUAUUACAUUAUUAGGUACACGUCGUCGAGUUUGAUUGCGAUCAUCGACCAGAUACAGCCGCAAAUGUUUGGAAUGGUGGUGGAGCGCGUGUUCAUAACCGAUCUGCAAAAGAUAUCGGGCGAAGUGGAGCGAAAGGUGGUGGCCGUGGGAGUUUCGAACUUGCUGAUCGAUUGCCCCGCAAUGCUCGAAGCUCCGUACAAUUCGUACUACCCUCGCUUAUUGGCUACACUGGUCGAAUUCUUUGAACUGCCGCAAGAUCAGAGCUUGCUGCCGGAGGACGAUGCGUUUCCGGAACUCGACGACACGGUUGGCUAUCAAGUUGGUUACAGUCAACUCAUCUGCGCGAGAAAUCCACGGAAGGACCCAUUGCAAAAUAUUGGUGAUAUACGUUUGCACUUGGCGCAAGGCCUCGGAAGAUUAUCGCCAGGACAUUUGCCGGGACUGUUGGGCCAGAUUCCUGAAGCAAACGCGAACCACUUGAGAAAUUACCUCCAAACAGCUGGUAUUACUGUUGCAUAAUACGAGCUGGACGUUCGAAACAGACUGAAGAUCCAUUUGAUAGCUCGAAAAAUGAACAAUAUUGAACUUAAUAAAUUGUAAUUAAAGGAGAAUCCCUUUUAUACGGUAAUUGUACAAUUCGUGAAAUACAUUAUCGUAUUCUAUUUGUAA